AUGGAUAAUUUUACAAAUUUUGACUCGGCAACUGCAUUAGCUAUAGAGAGUGAAAGAAUAAAUGCACAUCUAGAAUUUGAAAAUUUGAAAGUAGAAAGCCACCAAGGCAACGAUUUUGAGAUUUCGCCAUGAUUUGGAGGAGUUUAUGAUCAAUUCCAAAGAAUAAAACUCAAAGAUGCGACUCAAAGCAUCCCAAAAGAUAGUAUUGCAAAUACCAAUUCUCCAGCUGAACUAAAUAAAACUGAAAGGAAAAUUCACAGCCGAACUGGCUCUAUUUCUCAAGCUACUAACUUCAUGAAAUAAGCAUGCAGAUUUUUUCUAAAAAUAUAUUACAGAUUCUUAUUAUGUAUUGCAAUAAUUUCUUAUCAUGCAUAUGCAUGUCAUUUUGAAUUUGGUAUGUGAAAACCAAAUAUGCGCUUCAAAACGCAGAUUUUAGUGCGGCAAAUUCAUAAUUUGAAAUUUAUAUGAAAAAUUGCGCGUAUAACCUCCACAAGAAAUUUUACCAACGUAUUAUAAAUAGAAAAAUCCAUAUAAAUUGAAAUAAUAGGAGUAGUAAACGAAACAAAAAAUUAUCGCCGAUAUCUUUGAAUCUGAAAAGAGAAUAUUUAAAUAAAUCGAAAACAAAUGACAGAAUAAGAAUUUAUCAAGGCUUAGACGAGAGAAAAAUAAUGAAAACUGAGAGCAAUUAUAUAGAUUAUCCGUCGAUGCUUAUUUCUGCUGACUCUAUAUCAACAGAGCACAGUUCAAGCACAAAAAAAGCUAAGUUUCAGCCACAGUUUAAUCGAUCUUCACAGGUCUCUUUAACGCAAAAGUAUGUAGAUUUGCCAAGAGUCAAUUCUUUUACUUAUUUAAAUUCUUAUCACCAGGGAUCAUCUGUGGAUCGUAAUCUUCAAUCUCAAUAUAGCAAAACGAGAGGAAAAGCACUAUGAGUUAGUGAUUUGUUAAAGAUCUUAUCCAAAGAAGCAGAGAAGCAAAUACAUAGCUCGCCAAGUAAAUCUGAAAUUGUGAUAGACCAAUUUAUUAAAUCUGACAAAAUUUCCUUGACAAAACCCUCAACCCCCAAAAAGAAAAGAAUGCCAGAAAAAAAUAAUGAAGAAUCAAACAAAACUAAGGUGCUUUACAAACAAAACCUUGUGCUAAACUUGCAAGAACCCAAGAAAUUUCUUAAACCAGAGAGUGAAACUUGGGUUCUACCUACAAUUAGAGACGAUAUACAUUAAAAUGGCGACAUAUAUAAGCCGGCCCUCUUGGUGCAACAGUCCAGACCUUAUGGCCACAGCAAACUGAGACGGUCUCCGAGAAAAGAAUCAAGUACAGCUGAAAAGAUAUAUAUCCGAGUAGGUUUUGGCUGCUUUCCUGUGGUUGGAAAUGGAGAUGCUGGACAACGUUCUUUGGAUUUGAGGACUCAUAGGAAUUCCUCUACCGAGAAGUCUGGGCUUUCGGCUCAGGCCAUAGUGGAGCAGCCUUUUUCCUGCAUUUGUUGAAGAAAGACACUUCGGCACUCAACAAACUCCAAGGAUCCUUGGAAUCAAACUACUCCAAUGGCUGCCUCAAUGUCGCAGAAAUCCAUAAGCCACUCUUAUCUUAUAGAAUCUAGCAGAAAUUUCUGCCUAACGAUCCUUAUGGAUCAUUUUGAACUUAAAAUUGGGUUUUUUCACAAAAAUAAGCGAUUUAUAUACCAAACUGCUUGCGCUUUUUCCUCCUCUUCCAGGUUUUCCCACCACUAUUGGUGUUUUCCCCCUUGACAACUGAAUUUGUCCCCAUUUCUUUAUUUCCAUCGUUUUCUGUGAUUUCCUUGCUUUCUCUGGCCCCCUUGAUUUCUUUGGCUUCUUUGGUUUCUUUGGUUUCUUUGGCUUCUUUGGUUUCUUUGGUUUCUUUGGCUUCUUUGGUUUCUUUGGUUUCUUUGGUUUCUUUGGUUUCUUUGGUUUCUUUGGUUUCUUUGGUUUCUUUGGCUUCUUUGGCUUCUUUGGUUUCUUUGGUUUUUUUGGUUUCUUUGAUUUCUUUGGUUUCUUUAGUUUCUUUGGUUUCUUUGGUUUCUUUGGUUUCUUUGGUUUCUUUGGUUUCUUUGGUUUCUUUGGCUUCUUUGGUUUCUUUGGUUUCUUUGGUUUCUUUGGUUUCCUUGGUUUCUUUGGUUUCUUUGGUUUCUUUGGCUUCUUUGGUUUCUUUGGUUUCUUUGGUUUCUUUGGUUUCCUUGGUUUCUUUGGUUUCCUUAGUUUCUUUGGUUUCUUUAGUUUCUUUGGCCUCCUUCUUUUCUAUGCUGUCGAUUUCGUAGGGUAGUGAUCGAAUUGAAUGAGAGGUCAAUAUCAACUCCCAUUCAUCCAUCACUAUUCCCUCCAAUCCUCCAACAGCUCGCAGCAAUUCUUGCUCCCAGUCAUCCUCUUCUACUUUUUCUUCAUCCUCUUCAACUUCGCUGUCCUCAGAAACUGUUCCUUCAUCUCCAAGAAUUUCUUCAACUCUAUCCCAAAACUCUUCAUCUCAAAACAAACUGUCUUCACUGUCACUAACACUAUAAUUUGAGUCAAUUUCGUCAAAAGAUCUUGCAUCAAGCUCACAAUCCUUGACUUUUCAUCAAGGCAGAAUAUUUUUGCAAUUCCCUUUUGUCUCCAUGAUUCACACAAAUAAAAAGUAUCCAUAAGCCACUCACUCAAGACUGAAGCAGCAAGGAGGAGACAGAGGUAUCAGAAGUGGACCUCAUUAUUAGGGAAAGACCCUUUAGGCUGGAGUUGAAAAGCAGUUGAAUCUCCUGUGCGGGAGGUCUUUGAUAACUGCACCACUAAUAUGGCUAACGUUGACUUUAAUAGCCUAGCCUAACCUACAAUUAGAGCCAAAUUAUCAAAAAUGCAGAGAAUGCAUACAUAA